AUGGUGUGAGCUUGAAUGGCUCAAGCGCAGUGUUGGCCUGCUGAGGGAAAGGACCUGCAUUUAGCAACGCUGAUCACGGACCGUCAUCGCCAGGUUGCCAAAUGGGUGAGAGAGGAGCUGAGCCCUGAAGGGACACGGCAUUAUUUUGAUGUGUGGCACAUUGCCAAAAGUCUGGGGAAGGCAUUGGAUGCAGCUUCAAAAGAGUGUGACCAACUACAGCUGUGGAGGCCUGCUAUAGUGAAUCACCUCUAUUGGACUGCAGCCUCAACCCCAGACGGCAACCCAGCAGUCAUGGAGGCUAAAUGGAAAAGUUUAGUCAACCACAUCCAGGACAUCCAUGACCAUGACACCCCUGCUUUCUCCAGUUGUGCCCAUGGCCCUCUAGAUGGGGAUCAGCGCAACAAAGAGUGGCUGGACCCAGGCUCAUUGGCAGCAGUAAAGUUGGAGAACAUAAUCACGAGGACUGCCUUACUGAAAGAUGUUCGACAGCUGUCUCCACAGCAUCAGACAUUCUCCCUUGAGGCUUACCACUCCCUCAUCUUGCACUUCGCACCCAAGCACACAGGGUUUUCAUACGUUGGGAUGUAUAGCAGGCUUCUCUUAGCGGCUGCAUUACAAUCACAAUGCCAACCGCUGAGACAGCACGGAAAAGUGAUGGGACGGAGAAGUUAUGCAACAUCAUUGAUGAAGGCCCUUCAGGAAAGCUACACCCAUUCACCUGCAGCUCUUCGAGAGGUUAGCGCUAAUUUGUCCUCCGAUGCACCCGCCCCCAUCGCUAAAUCCUUCGAACAGGUUAAUAAGGAGGAGGCCGUCAGCCUCUUCCUAGCCCGGCAGUCACGCUACAAGAGAACCUAA